CGGGGGCCUGGGGGUCGGGGGAACCCUAAGAUGGCCGCUUCAGCACGGGCUGUUUUCAGAUGCUUUAAAUGCUGUGAACAGAGGCUUGCUUGGAUUCUGCAAUUCUCAGCUAGACAAAAUAAAUGCUAACAAUGGAUAAGUGCAAACACGUUGGGCAGUUGAGGCUUGCUCAAGAUCACUCCAUACUCAACCCUCAGAAAUGGCAUUGUGUGGACUGCAAUACAACUGAGUCCAUUUGGGCUUGCCUUAGCUGUGCUCAUGUUGCCUGUGGAAGAUAUAUUGAAGAGCAUGCGCUCAAGCACUUUCAAGACAGCAGUCAUCCUGUUGCAUUGGAGGUGAAUGAGAUGUAUGUUUUCUGUUAUGUUUGUGAUGAUUAUGUUCUUAACGAUAAUGCAGCUGGAGACCUGAAAUUACUACGAAGUACAUUAAGUGCAAUCAAAAGUCAAAAUUAUCACUUCACUACUCGCAGUGGAAGAAUUUUACGGUCUAUGAGUACAAAUGAUGAUGAUUAUUUCUUACAUGAUGGAAGGCAAUCCCUGCUUCAAAAUGAAGAUCAAAUGUAUACUGCUCUUUGGCACAGGAGAAGGAUGCUAAUGAGUAAAAUCUUUCGAUUUUGGUUUGACCAGUUACCCAUUGAGAAAAAAAAGCAAGAGCAAGUUCAGGAAAAAGUCACAGCAAAAAGAGAAGUAAAGAAAAGACGGCAAGAAUUUGAGCACCAAAUGAAAGGAGAAUUGGAAAUUGUGUCACCAAGAAAGAGUUUGCGUUUGCAAAGUGUAACACCGUCAACCACAGUAGAAAUAAUUCCUGUUCAAGUCCUGCCACAAACGCCGCCAUCACCAGCAAAAGAUAAUAUAGUGUCUACCUUAGAAUUUGUAGAAUUUAGAAAUGUCAGUGACUCCUCAGUCAAACGAAAGCCUCUUGUAACUCCUGGUGUGACGGGAUUGAGAAAUUUGGGAAAUACUUGCUAUAUGAAUUCUGUUCUUCAAGUUUUGAGUCAUUUACUUAUUUUUCGCCAAUGUUUUCUAAAGCUUGAUCUGAACCAGUGGCUGGCAGUGACUGCUAGUGAUAAGACCAGAGCUGCUUACACGCCUUUAUCAGUCACAGAUACCAUGUUUCAAAUAAAUGAAUGCCAGGGAAAAGAGACAGGUUCUAGUGGCUCCAGACCUCCAAGUUUAUCAGAACUAAGUGGUGGUACAUCAAAAAUUAGAAAGAUGGAACUUAUUCAGCCAAGGGCGCCCAGUUCACAGUAUAUUUCUCUUUGUCAUGAAUUGCAUACUUUGUUCCAAGUCAUGUGGUCUGGAAAGUGGGCCUUGGUCUCACCAUUUGCUAUGCUGCACUCAGUAUGGAGACUGAUCCCUGCCUUUCGGGGUUAUGCCCAGCAAGAUGCUCAGGAAUUUCUUUGUGAACUUUUGGACAAAAUACAACAUGAACUAGAGACGACUGAUACGAGGUUCCCAGCUCUUCUCCCUACUUCUCAAGGGAAACUCAUCAAACAGGUUCUGAAUGUUGUGAACAACAUUUUUCAUGGACAACUUCUGAGUCAGGUUACAUGUCUUGCGUGUGACAGUAAGUCAAAUACCAUAGAACCCUUCUGGGAUCUGUCACUGGAAUUUCCAGAAAGAUACCAGUGUAGUGGAAAAGAUUCUGCUUCUCAGCCAUGCCUUGUUACUGAAAUGCUGGCCAAAUUCACAGAAACUGAAGCUUUAGAGGGAAAAAUCUACAUAUGUGACCAGUGUAACUCAAAGCGGAGGAAGUUUUCCUCAAAGCCAGUUAUACUCACAGAGGCCCAGAAACAGCUAAUGAUAUGCCAUCUACCUCAGGUUCUCAGACUGCAUCUCAAACGAUUCAGGUGGUCGGGACGAAAUAACCGAGAAAAGAUUGGUGUUCAUGUUGGCUUUGAGGAAAUUUUAAACAUGGAGCCCUAUUGCUGCAAGGAGACUCUUAAAUCCCUCAGACCAGAAUGUUUUAUCUACGAUUUAUCUGCUGUUGUCAUGCACCAUGGCAAAGGAUUUGGCUCUGGACACUACACUGCCUACUGCUAUAAUUCUGAAGGAGGGUUCUGGGUACACUGCAAUGAUUCCAAGUUAAGUAUGUGUACCAUGGAUGAAGUAUGCAAGGCCCAAGCUUAUAUCCUGUUUUAUACCCAGCGAAUUACUGAGAAUGGACAUUCUAAAAUCUUGCCUCCAGAGCUCCUACCUGGUAGCCAACAUCCCAGUAAAGAAGCUGAUGACUGUAAUAAUGAAACCUCUAGCUGA